GGGAAGAGAAUAGUCUGUGACAAAUUGGUAUCAACGUAGCAACAGCACUCAACGUAUCCGAGCAGCCUCAAUUAUGACUGCACCAUUUUGGUUGUAUCUAUAAAGUCAUUGUAUAACUCUGUAACUGUGGUGAAAAGUACAUAACUCUUUGAAAUGAAACUGGAACUGAUCUUCAUACCAUCACCUGGUGACGGACACCUCCGGCCAUUAGUGGAGUUGGCUAAGCUCCUUGUCGACGGCGAUGGCCGUCUCUCCAUCACCGUCGUCAUCAUCCCUUCAAUGCAAGGAAUCGGUACCGAAAGCUCUUCCUCCUACAUCUCUUCUCUCUCCACCGCGUCCACAGAUCAUCUACGCUACAACGUCCUAACCAUGGCGGAUAUAUCAAACUCCGUUGACAGUAAGCCGGAUUUUGAAUCCUACUUAGAGAGCUAUAAACCGGUGGUGAAAGCCACGGUGGCUAAAGUCACUGACCCUUCCCGACCUGACUCGAGGCGGCUUGCUGGAUUCGUGGUGGACAUGCUCUACACUACGAUGAUCGAUGUCGCCAAUGAAUUUGGCGUUCCGAGUUACCUGUUCUUUCCUUCUAACGCUACGUUUCUAGGAUUACAGCUGCAUGUUCAGUACCUUUACGACGUUAAGAAAUACGACGUCAGCGAGUUGAAGGAUUCGAAGGGCACCAAGUUGGAGGUCCCAAGUUUGACUCGUUCUUUACCGGUUAAGUGUUUCCCCUCUUUGAUGUUAUCCAAGGAGAGGUUGCGGAUUGUGUCUCAAAUCAGAAGAUUCCGCGAAACAAAGGGUAUUUUGAUAAAUACGUUUACAGAGCUUGAGCCUCAAGCAAUGAAGUUUUUCUCUAGUGGAGAUCAUUCUCUUCCUACGGUGUACACAGUUGGACCGGUUUUGAAUCUCAAAAUCAACAGUCCAAAAUCAGGAGAGGAUAAGCAACUGGAUAUUCUAAAGUGGCUCGAUAAGCAGCCACGUAAAUCCAUUGUGUUCCUCUGUUUUGGGAGCAUGGGAGGAUUCCGUGAGGAACAAGCAAAGGAGAUCGCAAUCGCGUUAGAGCGCAGCGGUCACAGAUUUGUCUGGUCUCUUCGUCGUGCUCAACCACAAGGAACGAUGAGACCUCCGGGAGAAUUUACAAAUCUUGAUGAGGUUCUCCCGGAGGGAUUCCUAGAACGAACGGCGGAAAUCGGUAAGAUCAUAGGUUGGGCUCCACAAAGCGCCAUACUAGCGAAUCCUGCGAUCGGAGGAUUCGUGUCCUACUGUGGAUGGAACUCGACACUAGAGAGUCUUUGGUUCGGUGUUCCGAUCGCUACGUGGCCACUUUACGCCGAGCAACAAUUUAACGCGUUUGAGAUGGUUGAAGAGCUAGGGCUUGCGGUGGAGAUCCGAAACAGUUUCCGGCCAGAGACAGAGUUAAUGACGGCUGAUGAGAUAGAGAGAGGGAUCAGGUGUUUGAUGGAGCAUGAUUGUGACGUGAGGCAUAAAGUGAAGGAGAUGAGUGCGAAGAGUCAUGUAGCAUUAAUGGACGGUGGAUCUUCACACACUGCUCUUAUAAAGUUCAGACAAGACGUUACUAAGAAUAUUCACAAAUCUUAAAGAACGUCCCGACAACAACUAUCAUGGUGGUUUACAUUUCGUCAAUUAAAUCUUGAGUAUCCUGCGAUUGGUAGGACAGUAUAUAUUUGACUAAAUGGGUAAACAAUGAUAGUUGUCGUGAUUAUUCCAAGGUUACACAAAGAAAAUGUAGUACAGGUAAGGUGUUGUUGUUGCCUUGUUGGAACUAAGGGGAACUAGGGAUUUUUAUUUUUCAGAUGAUGUAUCAAAUAUAUCAAAUUCUUCUGAAAUAUAUACAUAUUUCAAGUAAAUAAGUUUAUGAUUACUAUUUA